AGCAACGGGUCCAGAAGUGAGGCGUCUAUUUCUGCCGUAGAUGGUAUCAAACCAAGCAGAAAGUUGAAAAUCGCUAAUAUAUGGUUGAUAAUUGUAAUUAGAAUGAAUGGAACAGCAUAUUCAAACUUUGACACUCAAGAACACGUCCUCAAACUAGGCGAAACUUUUGAGAAACAACCUAAAAGUGCAUUCCACACGGUACGAUAUGAUUUCAAACCAGCCUCCAUAGACACUACAUGUGAGGGGGAGCUGGAAGUGGGAAAAGGAGAACAAGUUACAAUCACACUACCGAACUUGGAAGGAUCCACGGCACCGGUUACUGUAUUUAAAGGCUCCAAAAGGCCUUAUAUGAAGGAAUGUAUUCUGAUUGUUAACCAUGACACUGGAGAGUAUCGUCUAGAGAAACUCAGCAACAACAUUGCAGUCAAGAAGACCAGGGCUGAGGGAAGCAGUAAGAUUCAGUCACGGCUUGAGCAACAAACCAGCAGACUCAGCCAGCAGAUGAAGACGGGCAGCGGAAGCAAGGCUCCAUCUAGCACCAAGAGCUCUCCUCCCAAGGAAAAAAUGUCUCCAUCAUCUCCUAUGGAUGAUAUUGAGCGAGAGCUCAUGGCCGAGGCACGUGUCAUGGAUCAGAUGAGCAGCGGCGACAGCUCCUCAGAUUCCCACAGUUCCUCCUCAUCCAGCAGCGGCGACAGCUCCAGCAGCAGUGACUCUGAGGAUGAGAGUCGCCCUUCACAUAAUGCAGCCCCGGCUCCUUCUCAGAGCUCAUCUGCCCUCAGCAUAUCUCAAAGCCGCGUGGAGGAAAGCGGCGGCGAUUUCAUGAACACACUCAAAAAUGAUCUCCAGUUGAGCGAGUCUGGGAGUGAAAGCGACGAUGACUGACCGCAAAGAUACCGAAUGGUGAAAUAGGGUUUACAGGAAGCACAGUGUCCGUUCACUUGCUAAAACCUCACAUGAUACCUGAAUCCAAAUCCUUAUCAACUUUUCAGUUAUGAAAUAUUUUCUUUCCCCCAGUUUCUUAGUAGAACUUGCAUCAGCACAAGUCAUUGGACAUAAAGCUGGGGGUGAGUUUGCUGUAUUAGUAAAUUAAUAAAAAGUAUUUAUUUUGUUGAGAAUGCUACUUAGGUUAUAGUUUUAUAGGAAAGUCCUAUAGUUGCUUUCUCAGAGGUUAUAGAAAUGUACCUGUUUUUGAGAUAACUUGAAUUUAGAAAGAUCAGAGUGGUCAUCUUCUAUAUAUGAACAGUUCAGAUGCAAAAACCUCUUAAGUGCCAUCUGAAAUUUCCAUAGAAAAUGAGCAUUAUUCUCAGCCUCCUUUGUUUAUGUUGAGUUAUUUAACUUUAAAGAGCAUGAAAAGAACUUCUUUGCCAUGAAAGUGAAAUUACUGAACCUGCACACAGGAUCCUGAUAAAAAUGCUCAAUUUAGAAGUACAUUUCAUACGACAUACAUAGAUAUACAUAUAUUUCAGGCUCGACAUACUCAAGCACAAGUGACUGAGCAGAAUAAUAAAAGGAGUCUUAAUGAGCACCAAUACAAGGUGUCAAACUUAAUUUGAUUUACACAUUACCCAACCUGCAAUACUUGAAUCUGUCUCUCUUAUGAUUCAGAGACAUUUGUUCAUAACAAACUGUGCCUUGUAAAUAAGGUGUUUUUACUAUCCAUCCCAUUCUCUUGGUUUGAGGUUCCGUUUUUUUUUUUUUAAUUCCUGCAUCGUUGGAAUGUAAUCUCUGUUUAGAGGUAAAAGCCUAUGUCUUGUGUAUGUCUUACUGUCUGCCUCUGGAAGGCCAAAAAGCAACACUCACUCUUAAAUUAUGUCUUCAUCCAGCCCUUCUUGGAAAUUAUGAAGUGCCAUUGUGUGCAUUAUAGCAGGGUUGACUGAUAGUUCUGUCAGAGGUGUUUGAUCAUUCAAAUUGUGUGUAGAUCAAUAAAGAUUUGUUUUGCGACA